AAUGGGGCGAUUAGGGACAAAUUCCAACUUUAUGACCAAUUUUAAGGUAGUUGUUGAUGUAUAUAAUGGUAUAUCAGGAUCAAAAUGAUUGAGUCUUGGGGGCAUCUUUGUUGUCCAAUUUAAAACUAUGCAACUAGCCUUCCAGUUUAAGCAAAAAAAGCAAAAAUUGGUGUAAUCCCUAUUUACCCGGAAAUUGUGGUUAAUUGGGACGAAAUGAGAAAUUUGCUAGGGUGGGCACUACUUGGUUUUAAUUUAUUUAUUUAUUUAGUUGCACCAACAAAGUGAUCAUCAAUAAAAAACAUUGAAAAACUGACACUCUGAACAAAUAUUAAAUAUGUUAUUAUGUAUUACUUAGACAUUUUUGUCCACCUUGAGAUUUCAUUGUUCUUAUUACAUGUCUGUGCAAAUUUGACUUACUUUAUAUUAAAUUGCUUAGCUAUUUCAACUAAAGACUUAUUCCCAAUUAGGCAAUUUCCCAAUUGCUGUUUUUAAUAUUAAGGGAUAAUAUCUCUUAUAAGGCUUUGCACUCUGAUACGUACACGCGAGGCAUAUCUAAAAAUAGAAAACAAUACGUAACCGAUAAUAUAAAUAUUUACCAAACAAUAAAAUAACACAUUGAUAAUUUUGAAUAAAAGUUCUAGACAAAAACAUGAUGAAUAAACCAGAUUUUUACCAACAAAUUUAAAAAAUAUUGUUAUAACUACAUAGACAACCCUACAAACCUGUACCUAUUUAUACUUAGGUCGUUUCCAUUUCACGUAUUCUCAUCCCAAUUGACCCCUUUUUCGUUGUUAUUUGUACCUAAGACGUCCCCAAUAUCCCCAAAAACAACAGCUUUUUACAUGUAUUUUUAUUUUAUCAAAUACAUUAAAACCAAUAACAACUGAGACUUACCUUUAAUAUACAUGAUGGUUCAAACACUAAAUAACGUUUAUAAAUCACAGUCGUCUUCUAUUAUUAUCAAAUAAAUAAAAGAGAGCAAAGUUUCUAGCACUAAAAUAAUUACCACCACAGAAAGUUAAUUUGAAACGCGAUUUUUUAUAAGUUAGCAGCUAUUAUCAUGCAUAUUCAGAGUUGUUUUGUAAACUUUCAACAUUCUACUAUUAAACUACAAAAAAUGGAAGAUUUUGAAACGAAUUUUUAACUAAUAUUGAGCGUCGAAAGAUUUUCCCGGCUUUUUCCCGAUUCGCCUCUCAAUCCCUAAUCGCCCCAUUUUACGGUACCUACUACCUAAUUCGUGAGCAAUCAUAACAUUACAAUCAUAGAUUAUACACUUAUUAUCAAAUUCAAGUAAGCAAACGUGAACAUUUGUUUCUGUAUCAGAUUCUGUAUUUUUUACUUGUGACAGUGCUCCCUUAGUUAGACUAAGCUUUAAAUAUAUUUGUAAUUAGUGUUGAUACAACAUGGAAGACGAUAGAAAACAUGAGAAGAAACGCAAACGGUUUGCUGCCCGAUUGAAUACUCUGAAAGGAAUUGUUUGUUAUGAAGAUCCUAGGCCCAAUGUGAUUCUUUGCAAUGUGGGGCAAGCUACAGGAUUUGAUAAGCAAAAACUGUUGAAACUGCUCACAGAGUACAAGGUAAACACACCAUUGCCUAAGUUUGUUGCCGAGAAAGGAGAAUCCUACUCAUAUCUCAUGUUUGAUAAAGCCGAGAAUGCAUCACUAUUUUAUGAGGCAUGCAAUGGGAAAGCACAGGUAGAUGAGAAUGGAACAACACUCUAUGUGACAUUUGUUGAAAAUGUUCCGGAUACUGAUAUUAUUUGUAAGCAUCCAAAUCCUAAAGGCUUACAUAUAAUACCCGAUUUUCUUACCGAAGAUGAAGAGAAGUUAUUCCUUAAUACCUUUAACAUACAACACGUAGAAACAACAUUAAAGAACCGUCAAGUCAAACAUUAUGGUUAUGAGUUCAGAUAUGGCAGCAAUGACGUUGACUUGAGUUGCCCAUUGCAGGAAAAAAUACCAAAGAUUUGUAAAUUGCUGUGGAGAAGGCUCCAACACUAUGGUUACGAUCUCGGAGUACCAGUUCAGCUGACUGUUAACAAGUACUUACCUGGGCAAGGUAUCCCGUCGCAUGUCGACAAACACAGUCCAUUUGGAGAAACAAUUCUGGCCCUAUCACUGGGCUCCAAUGUGGUUAUGGAUUGGAAGCAUCACACAGGGAAAUAUGUGCCAGUUAUGGUUGAGGCUAGAUCAAUGAUGAUAAUGCAAGAUGAAGCUAGAUAUGACUGGCAGCAUGGAAUACAGCCAAGAAUGUGGGACCCAGUCCUUGAUGUUCGUUUAAUAGAUAAUGAGAAAGUUAAAGUGAUCACAUCUGAUACUGUACAGAGGGAGAUGAGAAUCUCCUUGACAUUCCGAUGGACCAGAUGCGGGCCAUGUAAAUGUGAAUACAAGAUGUUGUGUGAUAGCAUUGAACGUAAUAUUCCUGAGACAAUUAGCAAUGAUGUUGCAUCUAACAUAGAGGACAUACAUGUGCACCAGGUAUACGAACAAAUCGCAGGACACUUCAGCACAACGCGGCACAAGCCUUGGCCCAAAGUUGUAGACUUCAUGCAGCACGUGCCGGCUGGAUCUAUAGUGCUGGACCUUGGCUGUGGCAAUGGCAAGAAUAUACUCAACAGAACAGAUAUAUUGCAGGUAGCCGGUGAAAGGAGCAGCGGUCUACUAGAGGAAUGCAAGGGGCUCACGGCCCGGAUAUCCGGCGCCGACUGCAUCCGGUUGGACUUGCUCAACACCGGCCUCAAGGACGAGUGCGCUGAUUUCAUCAUUUGCGUAGCCGUCGUGCACCACUUCAGCACACAGGCACGGCGCCUCCACUCGCUACAAACAAUACACCGACUCCUGCGGACCAACGGGCAAGCGCUCAUCACGGUGUGGGCCAAGGAUCAAACCAAGUCGAGCUACCUGUCCCGGACCCGGGCGCCGCUGCUGGACCGGCACAAACUGACGGUGGGCGGCAUCCACUUGCCCGUGCACGAGAACCGCACGCAGUUCCAGCACAAGGAUCUGCUGGUGCCCUGGAACCUGCGCAGCAAGGCGCCCCCGCUCCAACAGCCCGACACCACCUUUCUCAGAUACUACCACGUCUUCGAUGAAGGGGAACUGGAUCAGCUCUGCCGAGACGCGCGGCUCGCGAUCGUCAGGAGCUUCUACGAGGAAGGCAAUUGGUGUGUCGUCUGUAUGAAAGUGUAAUAGGGAAAGUUGAAAGUUAAAUAUGGAUAUCGUCUCAGCAUUUUUGUCUAAAGGCAAGACGUCAUGUGUGUUGGCAUCGUUGGCCGCAAGUGCCUCUCGAGUGAAAAGUGGCACGCUGCAUGCUGGCUGUAUGCCACUGAUUCCCUGGCUCAUUUCGAAAUGAAGUGUAAAAUAUUGAAAUUGAUGAUGUCACAGAUGACAGUUGUUUGUGUUGCAACAAUGCAAGUAUGAAAUGUGUGCGAGGAAGCCAAUGUGUGAUGGUCAAAUAUCAGAUCAGAUUUACUUUUUCCAACACAAAAAUGAUUUAAACAAAUUGGUGUGUAGUUUUUUUAUUUAUUUUCGAUCUCAGUCGAGUUCUCUACAUACAAUACGUUUUUAAAUGAGUUGUUUAAAGUUUUUUUUGUCCUAUAAUUAUUCACUGGAUGAGAAAUUCUGCCAAAAAUUAUAGUUAUUUAUAUGAAUGUAUAUUGUCGUAAACUUCGAGAAUGUAAUUAUAUUGUGACAUCCGGAGUGAAGUUAGCAUUCAAUUGUAACGUGAAUUUUACAAGUAUGUAGUUAGCGGUCAAAGUAAAGUAAAUGACAAAUUAAGGUAAUGCUGCUACACAUUCUACAUGUUCAAAGUCCAUGUGCUUGAAUGUUUGAAUUUUUUAAUUGUCUUAAACUUUUGUAUACACCAAAGAAGUGUAUUGUCUAUAAACAAUUUAUCUGUUUAUCAACUAAAUAUUAUAAUAAAAAUGUAUCCAUUUUAAUUUGUAAGUGGAAAUAUCGUGGUUUAUCCAUGUGUGUUGUUUAUAACCGUCGUUCUAUAGAACAUUCCUAAUUGUAAUUGAAAUAAACGUCUCUGAAUGUUGUAAA